CAUUUAAUAGCAGACUAUAACUAUCGGCUCAUAUGGCAGAAGGAGAUUCAAUAGAGCAAAAAUCUGAGGCCUCGACCGCAGAGGUGGCCCAAGAGAACGGACCAAAAACCAAGAAACGAAAGCCCCGGUCGGCCACUAAUCUUAGCUCCAAAGACACCAAUUGUAAAGUGAUUCUUCUCGACGGAACUGAAUUUGAAAGUCAAGCGAAUAGGAGAACAAAAGCCGGCGAUCUUUUCGAUAAAAUAUGUGAUCAUUUGAAUCUUCUCGAAAAGGACUACUUCGGCCUUUCCUAUAGAGAUCAUGAGGACUCGCGGAAUUGGCUUAAUUUGGAUAAAAGAAUGGGAAAACAAAUUCAAAAUCUUCCGUGGAUUUUUAAUUUUGAAGUCAAGUUCUAUCCGCCAGACCCGACACAACUACAGGAAGAUAUAACAAGAUAUCUAUUAUGUCUACAAAUCCGGAAUGACAUCCUCUCGGGUCGUCUUCCAUGUUCUUUCGUGACGCACGCAAUGUUGGGCUCAUAUUUGGCUCAAUCAGAAUUGGGAGACUUCGAGCCCGAAGAGCACGGAUCUAAUUACUUAUCGGAAUUCCGUUUCGCACCCAAUCAGACGCAUGAGUUGGAAGAGAAAGUGUGUGAACUUCAUAAACAACAUAGAGGCCAGACAUCGGCCGAGUCUGAGAUUCAGUAUUUGGAAAACGCGAGAAAGUUAGCGAUGUAUGGCGUCGACUUACACCAGGCCAAGGACUCGGCCGGUGUCGACAUAAUGAUGGGCGUCUGCGCGUCGGGUCUACUCGUAUACAGGGAUAGGCUUCGCAUUAAUCGUUUCGCGUGGCCUAAGAUUCUCAAGAUUUCUUACAAACGAAACAAUUUCUACAUUAAGAUAAGGCCGGGAGAGUUCGAACAGUACGAGAGCACAAUCGGCUUCAAACUGGCCAAUCAUAAGGCAGCCAAACGGCUCUGGAAGACAUGUGUCGAACACCACACCUUCUUCAGGUAUAUAUUAGAUAUGCUUUACGACUAA